GGGUGAAUGUGUUUUUUAUUGCCCGAUCGGCAAGUCUGAAUGAGCUAUGCCGUAGGUGUAUUAGACUCAAGCUUCUAAGCAAAUGAAGCUGAAUUCCUUCUGUUCCGACUGCCGAGCGGGUUCGUAUUCGGCAUCUUAUCCGGUGCCGACUGGAUUAAAGGGUUGCGAUAUAUGCAGUAGAGGUAACACGGGGACAUGCGGACUUUGGUUCUCUCGCAGCGACGACUGUCAACAAUAGCGUCAAGUGUCAGAAGUCGAUAUAGAAGCCUGCAAAGCCUACAUACACCUGCAUACAACAUGGCUCUGGCACAAUCUGAAAGACAGCCCGUCCCAGACAGGACAUCGUUCACAGCAAUGGACAGCGUGGAGUAUAUCUGGAAGCAUCUCGGGCUCCCCCUCGAGUCACUGGACGCUCUGGACCUAAAAGGUAGCGGACCGGGUCUCCCCUCGUCCUUCAAAAUAGCCGACCUCGCGCAAGCAUCCAUCGGGCUCUCCGCCCUCCUCGCGGCGCAGAUAUACGCCCUCCGCACUGCCUCCCCAGUCCCCGCGGUGAGCGUGUCCCGCCAGCACGCCGUCAUCGAAUUCAAGUCCGAGAGACUCGGCCUCCACAAAACCUCCGACGGCCACGUCCGCGUCCACGACGGCUUCCCCAACCACAGCAACGGCGCAAAGACUUUGCUCAGGUGCCCACCAUCCAGCGACCGCCCCACCGUCAGCGCCGCCAUCGCCCCCUGGCGCUCCGUCGACCUCGAAACCGCCGCCUUCGACGCCAGCUGCGUCAUCUCCGCCUUGAGAUCCUACGCCCAGUGGGACGUCACCCCGCAGGCCCGCGCCUCCAUGCGCAGCGCACCCCCAGACAAAUGCCUCCGCGGCCUGCGCGUGCUCGAACUCUCCCGCGUCAUUGCGACCCCACUCUCCGGCAAGACCCUGGCCGCCCACGGCGCAGACGUCCUCUGGAUCGAUCUCGACUCAGCAGAAGGGGAAGCAGAGCUAUGGCGGCUCCUUGACGACGCGCACGUCUUCGUGCAGGGCUACCGGCCGGGAAGUCUCGCUGCAAGGGGAUUCUCACCGGAAACACUGGGGGCGCGCGCUGCGGCGCGGGGCAGGGGAAUCAUCUGCGCGAAUCUGUCCGCUUAUGGUCCCGAUGGUCCCUGGCGGGGCCGCCGCGGCUUCGAUUCGCUGGUUCAGACGUGUUCCGGGAUGAACGUGUCGGAGGCGGAGCACUACGGGGCUGGAGAGCCGGGGCGGGCAGCGCCGUGCCAGGUGCUGGAUCAUGCGGCGGGGUAUUUCCUAGCAGCGGGGAUUGAAGCGGCGGUGUAUCGGCAGGCUGUUGAGGGGGUUCGGGCCCGGGAUUAUACGUGUCUGGCGGAUGUGCCCGAGCAGUACCUGCAGACGAGGCAGACGGGGUUUGGGGAGAUGACGUUUGUGAGGCAUUCUGCUGCGGUGGAGGGGGUGGAGGUGGGGUGGGAUGUUAUGCCUAAGCCUUUGGGGUCGGAUGAGAAGAGGUGGUUGUAAUCAUGUACCCAGUCCCCAUGGCUAUUUACUCUGGCUCUAAGUCCAGAGACGCUAUCCAUGAUAUCAUGUUGUUGUUGCUUAGUUCAUGGUCUAUGGGUCUAUGACCAGGUCUGCAGGAUGACACAGUCAAUGAAUGCUGGAUUGAGCGAAGCAAUAAAUUCAAAAUACAUGCACAUUGGUAUAUACGAAUACAAAGCUAGGACAAAGCCCGAGACGAUCAAAUGACAAGAAGAGUUAGCGGUUUGACACGA